AUGAUUGUCUCACAGCGUAUUACUGCUCUCCGGCGUGUAGAGAUGCAGCUUCGUCGUCUCGUGAGGGAGGAGGCCAUACGGCACUCCACUUCUUCUUUGCAUUCUGUUGUGGACGUUAAGCUGCGCGAGGGGCUGCGAAGAAGCGCUGGAGUGAAGGACAAGUUACUCUUUCGUCAAGUGCCGGUGGCACUUUCCCUACUGGAACGCAGCCUUAUCCCUGUUGUGCGUCGAAAAAGGUCCACUGCAGAGAAAGCGGUGGAACGUCAUGAAGCACAGUCAUCGACUACGGGGUCCACGGAAAUUGUUCCACCACCAUCACAGUCUUGUGACGACGUGGGAGUGGCCCUUUCUGGGAGUGGAAAGGCGGUAGCAGAACGGGGAACCACCUUCGCGGCAUCCACAGCGCUUUCGUCUCGGGGACGUGUGCUUCGCCGACCAGAGUACACCUUGAGUUUGCUUUCCUCACUGCAUUUUGUGGAACAGGAGCGGCGGAAACUUUACCGCCACCACAUGGAUCGGUUAGAAUCCAAGCUGCAGAAAGCCGAGCAGGCGCUACACAUCCUGCAGAAGAGACGGGAUGCCACGUUUGCGCUAAAGGCCGCCAGAGAAGCUGUGACCAACGCAAAAGCUGAUAUUCUGCUUCUUCAAAGCUCUCUCCUUUCGCGUCCAUACAUUUCCGCAAGGUUGUGGCGGUUUUUGUUGUGUGAAGACGUAUGGGUAGCAGCGGUGCGGGAUUCCGGGCAGCGGCAUGAUAACAGUAGCGCUUCCACUGCACCAUCCGUGGUUAUGAUGCUUCUGUCCCUUGCCCGUCUCAGCUUUGGUGCCCUGCGGGAUGUUUUUAGGGGACGUGUGCUGAAUGCACGUGCACCGAGGUUUGUGGCAUCUCUUCCGUCACGGAGGAUGAGGCGCAGGAACGUGGCUCGAGUCGGUUUGAAGGAUGAAAAGGGUUCAACUACACCAGGCUCCAUGAAGGAACCCGUCAGCUUAAAUUUGGACAACCACGAUACGAUGAUGGCGAUGAUGAUGGAAAUGAUGUGGAAAAAUGGGGCAGAAGAACCAUCUCUGCCAAGCGCUCCUCAAGAGACGGUUGAAGCAACGGUGUAUGAAACCAAUUCUAAAGCUGACCUAACAACUACGAUUCCGCAACUGCGGUGGUUACCACCCUCCUCCUCUGACGUGGUUCCAUUGGUGUUGGAGACUCUGGCGAUGUGCUCCCACGUCUUGCCGUUACUAAACACGACUGCCAUCGUCUCCCGUUGUGGAGAGGUGCAUGAGCUAUUUGAGCUUCUUUCAGUCCUUCAGGCAACCGCGUCUUCACUUUUGGCAUUGCGCACUUAUGAAAGACCGGGAGAGAUCAUUAUGCACCAAACGCUACGCCGCCUUGAGGAUGCGAUGCUGAACUGUGGUGAAGAGGCCAAGUGUGCUCUUCUUGCGCAGCUGGCGGGGGGGGCGUCGUUGGGUAUCCCGCCUGUCAAGGCGGGACGGCUAUUGUUGGGCCUGGAGUCGAUGAAACUUCUUCAAACCGAAGAGUAUGCGUCGCAACAGCUACUCUUGAAGCUUGUGGUGUGCGUAUUUCCACAGUUGUCUACGGGUACGCAGAGGGCGCUUUUGGAGAAGUCCAGACAAAACUCACUUUUUGCCUUUGCUACAAGGGGCCAAAGGAUCAAGUUGUAUUACGAGCACGGCAAACAUGGAAUGGAGUCUGCUCUUUUGAACUCUGUUCGAACGCGGGCACGGCUGCAGCAGCGACAAAUACAGGCGGCACUUCGAAUCAAGCAUCUUGACGAGGUCAAUAGUCGCAGCGUUGGACAACUCGCAGAUGAACUUCCUGCACACUCCCUUAUGACCCUGUUUGAUUUAUUGGUCCGUGCGGCGCGCGAUACAAAGCGGCAGGGAAUUGAAGUGCAAGGCUGUUUCAUUACAGCAGCCCUUUUUGUUGUAGAGAGUAUUUGGGUGGCAGGGGCACGUGCCUCGUCCAGCAGCUGCGACACAAUGCUUCAACCGAGUGACUUACCAGGUCUUCUUCUCACGCUUAGUAUACUCUGGCCUCUAGUAACGGAGCGGUAUCAAAUGACUCGGAACACACCCAGCGAUCAGCUUGAUAGCCUGAAGCAUCGUUCUCGCCCCCACAGGUAUCAUAAUCAACAGAGAAGAGAAGUAAGCGACUCUGUGGCAAAGUCGGAGUUAAUAAUGGUAACGUACGUGACAGAUACGGUUUUUAGUGCCGUUAGUGCGGCAAUAGCUGAGCGUGUGGAACGAGCCGAGUCGGUAGCUGUCCCAAAGAGUGGUAAGGAGUCAGCUCAUGUUCUGUCUUUAAAAGACAUCAUGUGUAUUGCUGACGCACUUUUUGAGUGGGCUAACAUUUCGUCGACGAAUCGGAACGCCACAUCUUUGGAAACAACAUCACGUCUAAUGAAGCGACUCUUGGUGGCUGAUAUUCAGCUGUGGGAGGAACUGCGUGAGUUGAGCGAGUUGCAGCGGGAACAAUUCAUGCGAAGGCUGAGCAAUGUUUUUCGAUGUUUAAACAUGCUGGACGCAACCGUUACACAGGCGUUAUCCUCAGUCUGCUGA